AUGAUGGAAGAAGGAACCGAAGAUGAAAAGCCACCUUAUUCAUAUGUAGCGCUGAUUACAAUGGCAAUCAGCGCUUCACCCGAGCGCCGAAUGACACUAUCACAGAUUUAUCACUAUAUUGAUGCUCGUUUUCCAUACUAUCGCAAUUGUGAUUCAAAAAGACGCCAGGGAUGGCAAAACAGUAUACGCCACAAUUUGUCUCUGAAUGACUGUUUCAUUAAAAAAGCUAGAGAUGGUGUUGGACCAGCUAAUGAUCGCAAAGGAAACUUUUGGACACUAUCGCCCGACAGCAGUAAUAUGUUUGAUAAUGGCAAUUUCAAAAGAAGGAGACGAAUGAGACGUAUGACAAAAUGCCCUAGUUCGGAAGAACGUGCUUUAAAUUUACAACCUUGGUUCCUGCAGUACAUGCAACGACAGGCCCAACAACAACUUUUAGUCCAUCCUCCAGCAAUGUUUCACCUGCCAGACAACUAUGGAGCAACCAGUAAUUUAUGUUGGGCUAGCUCACCAACACAAAUUAUCGAGCCGAAGAGUACGCUUCAUCACAGCCAAUCCCUAACAGUUCAACCAUCUGCCAUAACAACAAUUACUUAUCGAUGUCCGGAUGAAAUACCAGGAGCUUGGGCAAAUACGAUAAUUCAACAUCAACAGGAAUUACUUCCAGCUAUGCAAACCUUAGAUCACCAACACAACAUUAAUUAUGAUAGAAUGAAUGAGUAUCUGUAA